UCUGUCCUUUGUGUAGGUGUGACCAGUGGGAGGAGCCACAUGAUGAGUGGGAUCCUGAAGAGGAAGCUUGAGGAGGGACCCUCCCCAUAUCUGUCCCUGCAAGGGUCCGACGAUGAUGAGGUUUCCUGCAGUGACAGUGGCAACAGCAGUGAUAGUCUCAACCAUCCUGUUCCCUCCGGACUGUUGGACUCUUCCUCUCUACAGCAGCAGCCAAAGCGACUGCGGGGCCGCAAUGUGCACUUUGAGAGUGUGACCGUCUACUACUUCAACCGGCGGCAGGGAUUCACCAGUGUUCCCACACAGGGUGGCAGCACCCUAGGGAUGUCACCACGUCACAGUGGGGUGAAGCGCUUCACCCUGAGGGAGUUUGCCAUGGAGCAGAAAAGGAGCCACCGGAACAUGCUGAGGGAUCAUCUCAAAGAGGAGAAACUCAAUGCCAUCAAACUCAAACUGACUAAGAACGGCACCGUGUCAUCUGUGGAGGCGGAUACCCUGACACUCGAUGACAUCUCAGAAGACGACCUGGACGUGGACAACACGGAGGUGGAUGAUUACUUCUUCCUCCAGCCUCUGACUACCAGGCGGCGCCGCGCUCUUCUGCGUGUGUCAGGGGUGCGACGCAUUGAUGUGGAUGAGAAGCACGAGCUGCGCACUCUCCGUAUGUCCCGAGAGGAAUGUGGGUGCCGCUGCCGGGGAAUAUGCGACCCAGAGACCUGUGCUUGCAGCCUGGCCGGCAUUAAGUGCCAGGUAAAUGGAACUGUGGUGGACCGCAUGUCCUUCCCUUGUGGCUGCACCAAAGAAGGCUGCAGCAACACCACGGGACGCCUGGAGUUCAACCCGGUCCGGGUGCGCACCCACUUCCUGCACACCAUCAUGAAGCUGGAGCUGGAGAAGAGCCGGGAGGAGCAGCAGCAGCAUCAGCAGCAGCAGCCGGAGCAGCAGCUUGUAACCAAUGGUAACGGUUACCAUGGUGACUCUUCUUUGGUCCAGCAGCAGCAGCCGAACCUGCAGUUUCCACUGAUGAGCGGCACGGCGCACAUUCCCAUCAUGCACCUCCAGAACACAGGCGACACAGAUUCGCAUCUAGAUGAAGAGGAAGAAGAGGAGGAAGAGGAGGAGGAAGAAGAAGACGAGGAUGAGGAUGAUGAAGCUUAUGAGGAAGAUGAAGAUGGCAGCAGUAUUUGCAGCGGGUUGUCAGACUGCAGCACACACAGCUUAGAAACAAUUGACCCAGAGGAAGAUGAAGAGGAUGAGGAGGAUGAAGAAGAAGAUGAUGAUGAUGAGGAGGAGGACGAAGAGGAAGAGGAGGAGGAUUGGGAUUGCUCAAUGCAUGGAACAGGUCACCCUCCCUACUCAGUUCCGCUCCCUUCUGUGCUGGGUUACUCUAACAACACACUCAUGAGCCUCAGUAACCCCUUCCACAACAGUCCCUCCAUGCAGCAUUAUCAAAUAGACAGCUCUGUAAAUGAACCUACAGCUUUUCUAAGUGAAAAUGUCACCGUCGCUCCCACACUCCCCACAGUAGAGCCUACAUUAGAGUCCGAAAUAAACACAGAACUCCACCGCCAAACAGAGCAGCAGAGCAUUCCCUGUCAUUUCCCCGACCCCACAGAGCCCCUGACACUCCAACCCUGCUCACAUGUGGACACCCGUGAGAGUAACACUGCCCCUGCUGGCGCAUCCGACAAACAGCCGCUCCCGACGGACCUCCAGAACAAUCCAGACGCUCAUGACUCACAGACUGAGGCUUCGGCUGGGUCUGUGGAGCAGACAGGGGAGGAAGUGAAGAAACUACCAGCGCAGGAAGACGCAGUUUUUCCAUAUCAAAAGACAGACACGUCAUGCUCAGAGGCUAUCUGAUGAUUCAAAUGUUCUAGAGAGAGAUCAGUUCAUAUUUGGAAAUCGUUAUUCAAGAAUCGUGACCUUCAAACGUCAGAGUUUGAUUUAUUCUUGAUAAGUGCACUUCCGAAGAGAGAAUGAGUCACAAUGAGUUGAUUUGCUGUUGUUGAUUUUGAAACAGAAGGCUCAAAGAGUUGAUCUAAUUUUAGCUCAAUUCGUCUCUAAACCUUUGUAAGAUUGUUGGUUUAGAUAAAAGACUAUAAAAGUAUGUUCAUUGAUGAAUAUCAAUAAAACAGUGUUUCUGUAAGUUACUGGUAACUAUAUGGAGUAUUAUGUAUGCCCUGUUCUAAAGUCUUUGAUCACUACAGCAUGUUUUCUGGCCAUGGCUGGCAUCUAUGACAAAUCUACGAGAUUUUGAGGUGCUUGUAUUGUUUCACUAUUUUCCAUUGUGCUGGUGUCUCUAAGCGUUGCUGCUAAUUGUUCUUAUGCCUGUCUGUAUAGCAUGUAUUCAGUUUACCUAUGAUGUUUCAAGGCUUUCACAAACUGUAAAAUGAUAAAUAAUGUCACUGGCAAAACACUGACAUUCAUAUGAAUUAUUACCAACACAUAAAUACGUUGUCAUUCAUACUGUUUUUGUUCCAUUUUUGUGCUCAGUUUCUAAGUCUUUGGUCCAGACUGAAACAUGCCAACAUAAUUUUAAUAAUGACUUCAAAUCGGCUAUAAUCAAUAUUUUUAUAUACUGAUAAUGGAUCAUAUGAAAGGGGUCGCUGGUGGUGACAAUUAUCAGCAGACUGCGGUUCCUCUCAGCUCUAUGGCGCUUUUUAGCAUCUUUCAGCUUUUUGUUUUGAAUUGUUUUAGUUUUACAGCCUGCAUUUUUUACAGUUUGUGUACACUGUUCUCAUGGCACUGUACCCUACCUGUCCUUAACGGCAGACUAGCUGGUGAACAUUUAGCAUUUAGCAGCUAGAGAGCUUGAUAUUUCCCUAAAGCCAAAAAAAUAAUGUGUCAGUAUUGUGUUUCCAGCUUUCUGCUGCUGCUGUUACUGCAAGUUUAACUCGCGUCAGAAUUUCACUUUGUCCUAUAUUUUAUUUUCUGUUCAAAUACCAACAAAAUUAAUGACAUUCCCCCUUAGCAUCAACUGUACUUGCCAUUUAGCAAAUGCUAACCUGCUAAACUAAAACAUGGUAAACAUUACCUGAUGAAAAUAGCAUUGUUAUUGUGAGUGUGUUAGCAUACUGACCUUCGCAUUCUGCUUGCACAUUGCUGCUAUCAUGGCUGUUGACUCUUUGUUCAACCUUACAAGCCCUUACAAGACUGUAACAUGAACAAAAUGCUUCCACAGUAUUAGGCAACAAAGUAUUUUACAAUAGACUGCAAUAGAAUUCAAGGAAACCAUCAGUUUCACAUAUUCUUUCUGCACUUUUAAAACAAUGAUUUUGACACAGUAUCUCCAUCACCAUUAAAUUUGAGCUUUUAAAAAAGAGAUGCCUUCCACCACUGAAUCUAUUUCAAAUCUCGGACACUUUAAAUUACAUUUUCCCGUUUGAACGGCUACCAGCCAGAACAUAAACAACCUUGUCAGUUCACGUUUUUCAAGACGAGUUGCAUUAAAUUUUUCAUUAGAGUGAGAUUUCGCAUUCUCAUGUCUUUCUCCUGUUUCUGUCUGUCUUCUCUCCACUCAGUAACAUCACAAUCAAUAUUUCUCACAUAUCAAAAUACAUGUGCCAAAGCUGAUAAGAUCAGAGAAACGCUUGUCUAUGCCUGUUAUUUAUCAUUUUACAGUCUUGUGAAUAAUGUGAUCAAACUGCACUUUUUUUUUUUAAAUAUAGUUUUCAAAUAAGUUAAGGCUUGAGUCUGACUAAUUGACUUUGUCUCUCAAUACUGCCAAGAUGUGGGGGCCAAAUAUAUUUCAUGAUUGUUUUGUUCUUUUUAAAACGACUGUACAUUUCCAUGACAGUGUGAUUAAAAAGCUUUUUAACAUCCUUCUGUUUAAAGUUGGUUAAUGAACUGUGAUUUGU